GGAGAGAGAGAGAGGAUCCAUGCUUAAACAUUUGUUACUGAUGGAAGUGUAUGAUCAACAAAAUUUGGACACCCUCUCUUUGGUCACUUAUUCUUCUUUUAACUAGCCAUUAAUAUGUCAUAAGAUAAUUUCCACAUUUUAUCCUGAGCUCUUUUAAAAUGCUACUUAUAAGCAUUUUCACAACUUCAUUCAAGUAUACUUUCAACACACACAACAUCCCAUAACUUAGUGCCCUCCAUCUUCCCAGUGGCAGUCAUUACACCACCACCCAUUCAGUCCCUCAGGCACAAAGCUGAGAAUCUUCUUUCUCAGCCCCCACCCUCUGCCCAAAACAGUUAAUCAGUUGUUGUGGAGUCUACCCCUUAAAUACGUGUGCAUUCCCCUCUAUCCCUGUGGACCCUAAGAUAGCCCCCAUCAUCUCAACAGGGCUACGUUCAUCCUGCUAACUGAUCAUCCUCCUUCCCGUCUUAACUCCUUCUAACCCAUUUAGCUUCAUAGUCCAGCCAGAGUAAUCCUUCUAGAAUGCAAAGAUGCUAAUAAUGUCCUAACUAUUGAAUACAAAUUAAGCUCUUUAAAAAAGCCUCUUUAUGAUCCAAUCCAGGUACUGCUACCCACAAACUCUUCAUAGUUGGGCCAUCAAUGUGUGACCAGUAAUGAAAAGUUGAUUCCAGCUGCCCUUAAAUAUGUGUACUGUACGGGCACGUUUGUCAGACUGAACAUUGAGCUAAGUGCAUCACGCAACUUAGUGUAGUGGAGAAUAUAACUGGCUGCAAGUAAAAGAGCCAAGUCAAGUGACAGGCAGAUGUGGAAAAUAAAAAGCCUGAGCAUUUUAGAACACAUCGUAAAUUUGACUCAUGAAUGUACAAUCAAGAGUAGCCUAGGUGCUAGGAAAUAGCCAACUAAGACACUUAAAAACUGGAUACUUUUUAGAACCAAACAGGCAUGGAUGUCUAUCAUAUUUCAUUACUGCUGACCUAUUCACUGAGCUUGAGUCAUUUAUCUUUACAAGAAUGAGGGCAAAUAUUCAGGUAGUUGAAAGUAGGCCUCUACCACAAAAGCCUUUGGACCCACUUGACUAGGAUUAGAACCUAAGCGUCUGUUACUUUGUUCGUUCCUCUCCUCAUCCUGUGCACAACCUGCAGUGACGGAGGACCAGAACCACUGAUGCCUUGCCCGCGUCUGUCCUUGCAGCCUGCACCCUUCCUGAGCCCAUACGCCAAAGCCCUGUGGUCUGGCCGUACUAACCAACGUACUGUCUCUGAGUAUGCCUUCUGAGCUUCGUCGCAAACCAGCGCCUUCUAACACCUAGAUGCUUUGCCUAGAAUCCCCUUCCAGCUUACUCUGCUCAUUUGACUUCGCUCAUUGUUAGAGACUUUUUAGGCAUCACUUCAUCUGUGAUGCUUUUUCUAUUCACACCAGCCCAAGGCAGAGUUAGGCACACGUCCUCGGCGGCCUCACAGCAUCUUACGCAUUACUCUAAUGCAGUACUGACCAAAUUGUACUGUAGCCCACGUUCAAAGCUUUGAACUCCUUGAGAUCAGGGACUGUGUGUCUUGUUCAUCUCUGUGUCUGCGGUACUAAGACAGUGCUGGGCAUACAGCGGAGACUCAGUCCUUGUGUACUGAGUGAAUGAACUCAGGUACUCAUACAUUCCCUUUUCUUUAGUGGAAAGUACUUCAGGGGAAGACGCAGAAGCCUAAGAGACCAGGCCAAGAAUAGCAACAAUAGCAUCAACAAUCACAACCGUAGCUAAUUAAGCAUUUACUUUAGUCAGACCUUAUUCUAAGCCUGUACAUACAUUUACUCACUUAUUUCUCACAACAACCCUGCUAUCCUCAUUUUACAGAUGAGAAAACCAAGGCAUAGAGAAGUUAAGCAACUUGCACAAGACCACGCAAGUAGAGUGCAGCAGAGUUGGCUCCAGAACCUUUAUGCUAGAACAGAAAGGAACUCAGGUGCUCCUGGAACCACAGGGCUGUGUACAGAAUGAGAGCGCCUGUUACCUGGUUCCUUCUCCUCCUCACCCAGCGCACAGCCUGCAGUGAUGUGGAAACUGGAGCUCAUUUUCGACAUUGCCACUAAAUCUAAAAGUGCUGAAGAUCAGAAUAGAAAUAAAUUCUAUGCAGUGCUGUGUUUGCUAGGCUUGCAGAGCCUUCCACACUCCCAUGAGCAAGCCUAUCCGAGCGGUACUGCCUCCGAAUUACAAAUCCUUAGCAACCUUUGAAUAAGCAGAAAGUAUGAUCCUCUGAAUUUAACAUUUUCCUCUUUGGCCAGAAAUACGUGUUAUUAAGUGAUGGGUUAUUCUUAAAAUUCCUUUAACAGAACGGUGACUUAUGUCAAAUACCAUGUGGUUUUGGAGGUACGGAAAAUUGGGGAGUCCUGAUAAAACUCUUAAAUUUCGUUAAACUUGGUCCCCCUUUUUCUUGGGUAUUUAUAAAACUUAAGUGUCACAGAAUAAUUUGAUACUUACAAAAAUGUUUCUCUCGAUAUUUAGGUAGCUGGUUGUUUCUCAUAGAAUGGAAAUCUGUGCCUUAAAUCUUUGGUUAUGGUGAUUGAGAUGGUACAUUGUACAUACGUUACUGUACACGUACAUAUUGAUUGUACCUAUGCCUACAGUUACUGACAAAAAAACUAGCUGGUUCCUUUUUCAUCCUUGAAAUAAUUUCAUUAUUAUCUUCUAGGAAUUUAUCUAACUAAUAUCUUGAAAACAGAAGAAGGCAACCCUGAGGUCCUAAAAAGGCAUGGAAAAGAGCUUAUAAACUUUAGCAAAAGGAGGAAAGUAGCAGAAAUAACAGGAGAGAUCCAGCAGUACCAAAAUCAGCCUUAUUGUUUACGAGUAGAAUCAGAUAUCAAAAGGUUCUUUGAAAAUUUGAAUCCAAUGGGAAAUAGCAUGGAAAAAGAAUUUACAGAUUAUCUUUUCAACAAAUCCUUAGAAAUAGAACCGCGAAACCCUAAGCCUCUCCCAAGAUUUCCAAAAAAAUACAGCUAUCCCCUAAAAUCUCCUGGUGUUCGUCCAUCAAACCCAAGACCAGGUACCAUGAGACAUCCCACACCUCUGCAGCAGGAGCCAAGGAAAAUUAGUUACAGUAGGAUCCCCGAAAGUGAGACAGAAAGUACAGCAUCUGCACCAAACUCUCCAAGAACACCGUUAACACCUCCUCCUGCUUCGGGUGCUUCUAGUACCACAGAUGUUUGCAGCGUAUUUGACUCUGAUCAUUCGAGCCCUUUUCACUCAAGCAGCGAUACCGUCUUUGUCCAAGUUUCACUGCCCCAUGGCCCAAGAUCUGCUUCAGUAUCAUCUAUAAGUUUAACCAAGGGCACUGACGAAGUGCCUGUCCCCCCUCCUGUUCCUCCACGAAGACGGCCAGAAUCUGCCCCCGCGGAAUCUUCGCCAUCUAAGAUUAUGUCUAAGCAUUUGGACAGCCCCCCAGCAAUUCCUCCUAGACAGCCCACAUCAAAAGCCUAUUCACCGCGGUAUUCAAUAGCAGACCGGACCUCUCUAUCAGACCCUCCCGAGAGCCCUCCCUUAUUACCACCACGAGAACCUGUGAGGACACCUGAUGUUUUCUCCAGCUCACCACUACAUCUCCAGCCUCCCCCUUUGGGCAAAAAAAGCGAUCAUGGCAAUGCCUUCUUCCCAAACAGCCCUUCCCCAUUUACGCCACCUCCUCCUCAAACACCUUCUCCUCAUGGCACGAGAAGGCAUCUGCCAUCACCACCACUGACACAAGAAGUGGACCUUCCUUCCAUCACUGGGCCGCCGGUUCCUCCACGACAAAGCACUUCUCAACAUAUCCCUAAACUCCCUCCAAAAACUUAUAAAAGGGAGCACACACACCCCUCCAUGCACAGAGAUGGACCACCACUGUUGGAGAACGCCCAUUCUUCCUGAGUGUCUCUGUUCCAGGAUGGACAUUUUCCUAGCCCCAAAUCCAUUGCUGGCAAUGGAUGCACGGAAUGUGCCAGCACUGAGGAGUUACAGUGACAACUCCAAACACUAACGACUCUACUUCAAGAUGCAGUAUAAGACAAUGAAUUUUAACCUAGACAUAAUUAUAAAAUGAAAAUGGUAUUCGUUUAGAUACGGAAAGACUGAUGUAGAGGAAUUGGACAACUGAUUGCACCUGAAAAUCAAGUAAAGGGACUUUUUCCAGCCAAUAGGCAGGAGUCCUCUUUUUGUGAAGUGAUCUUUAUCGUUAAAGGGAUGGAAAACAUAGUCUAGUGUCCAGCAGGCCCACAUGAUGACAGUUUUUGUAAUUCAAAAUAUGCACUUUUUAAAAAGAAAUCUUAAACAGGGAUCUUCAUAUCUCCUUUGUUUUCCUUUGCUUUUACUCAUCCUACUUUAGAAUAUUUUCCUAGAAAUCAUUUAAAGGACUGUGGGGAGUGGCUGUGGUGCCUGACCUUGUGGGAGUCCAGGCCCCGUGCUGUGCCACAGUCCCGUUUACAGGUUAUUACAGUGAAGUGAAUGGGUACCGAGGCUUCACCAAAGAGGUACUUUUUUUUCUUUUUCUUUCUUUUUUUUUUUUUUUUUAGGAAUAAUUAUAUUAAUUUUAAGAGCAUUCCCCCACCCACCCUCCCUACAAACAAAAUAUGGUGGUGAUGCCUUCAAACAAGAAGUUUUGUGUCAUUAACAUGACAGAAGAACUUUUAAAAAAAAUGUAACUGUCAAGUAUACGAUUUACAUUUAGGAGACUGUUAAUCUGUGCUAGAUUGUUAUUGCCCCUCCCCACCCCCCACAAAAGUUUACUGGUAACCCAUGUCAUGGCUCAUAGCCGUCCCUCUAACCAUUCUCUGGAAAUGCAGUCACCCAGUGUGGAAAGGAGCAUUGCUGGGCGUCCCUGACACCGCUCAUGUUUUACGGAUAGUUGAGUAAUCCGCAGAUCUAGAAUUACCUUGCAUUGCCGAAAUCAUGUGUAUAUAGUGAAUGUUAUAUAAUAAACCUGGCAGGUCUGUUUUAAUUUAAUUGAAUAAAGAUACAAAUACUUUGUUUGGCUGGCAUAUAUUAAAUUAUUAUAUGGAGAAAA